AUGGCGGCAUUCGCGCGAACGCUCAACCUCAUGUACCGCAUGGCCAUCCCGGCCUCGGCGGGCGCAUUCCUCCUCUCACAGUCCAUUUAUGACGUCCGCGGCGGCACGAGGGCCGUCAUCUUCGACAGGCUGUCCGGAGUCAAGGAGGACGUCGUCAACGAGGGCACGCACUUCCUUGUCCCCUGGCUGCAGCGCAGCAUCAUCUUCGACGUGCGCACCAAGCCCAGGAACAUCGCCACGACCACCGGCAGCAAGGAUCUCCAGAUGGUCAGCCUGACGCUGCGAGUCCUGCACCGGCCGGACGUCAAGGCCCUGCCAAAGAUUUACCAGAACCUCGGCGCAGACUACGAUGAGCGAGUCCUCCCCUCCAUCGGCAACGAGGUCCUCAAGGCCAUCGUCGCCCAGUUCGACGCCGCCGAGCUCAUCACCCAGCGCGAGGCCGUCUCCCAGCGCAUCCGCAGCGACCUGACGCGCCGCGCCGCCGAGUUCAACAUUGCCCUCGAGGACGUCUCCAUCACGCACAUGACCUUUGGCCGCGAGUUCACAAAGGCCGUCGAGCAGAAGCAGAUUGCCCAGCAGGACGCCGAGCGCGCGCGCUUCAUCGUCGAAAAGGCCGAGCAGGAGCGCCAGGCCAGCGUCAUCCGCGCCGAGGGCGAGGCCGAGAGCGCCGAGACCAUUAGCAAGGCCAUUGCCAAGGCCGGCGACGGGCUGGUGCAGAUCAGGAAGAUCGAGGCGAGCCGCGAGAUUGCGCAGGCCUUGUCGGCGAACCCCAACGUGGCGUAUCUGCCUUCGGGAGGCAAGGGAGGCGGCGGCAGUCAGUAUCUGCUGUCUGUGGGCAGGGUGUAA